AUGGCAACUAGAGAGCCAUCUAGAUACCUGACAAGGUCAUUGUCCCGGGCAAUUUUACCAUCAGCUCGCCCACAGAGUGUCUGCUUCCGCCGCAAUACCAGCGACGAUGCGGCAUCCAAGUCUCCAGCGGGCGACCUUAAUGAACUGGAGUCGAGUUCGUUGGGCACUGCGGUGCCAGCGGACGUCGUGAAAUCGUUUGAUCCAAUUGUAAGAGCGAAGUCACGGAAAGGCCAGUUACCACGGAGUCGUUAUCAAUUCCGAUCACCAAAAUACGACCGUGGCCCGCUACACCCUCACCGUCCACCCCGUCCCUCGGACCCCUCCUCCCGUCUCUUCGUCCCUGGCCCCUUCUCCCUCCCGCGAACCGAGCAGACAUGGCAAUCCACCAUCGCCCCGGACAUCCUAACCCUCUGCUACGUCCACAACCCACCCGGCUUCAAGCCCCCGCCAAAAGCCCCACGUCUGCGCGAAUGGGACGACAGCUCGCCGUACCACAAGAACCGUCAACUGCGCGGGCCCCGCGGUGGUGACGUUCUGCGACUACUGCGCAAACCGAUUCGCUUCAACAACAUCCCCGAAGUUGAGCGGGUGACGAUCCACAGUUACGUGAAGCAGGCUGCGACGGAGAACUCGUCCUGGUUGCAUGUUGCAGGUAUGGCGAUGCAGGCUAUUUCGAAUGUGCGUGUGGAUACGUUCAAGUCUAAGACUAGUGUUUCUCCAUGGGGUAUUGCGCCUGGUAGAGAUAGCGUGGCUGUCAAGGCGGAGCUGCGGGGGGAGAACAUGCAGCACUUCCUCGGGAAAUUGAUUGAUGUCGUGAUGCCCAGGAUCAAGGAAUGGAAUGGCAUCAAGGGUACUAGUGGUGACAGCAGUGGAAACAUCACCUUCGGUCUGGAGCCGGAGAAUGUGGCUCUUUUCCCUGAGAUUGAAGUCAACUACGACAUGUACCCGCCCAAGAUGAUUCCCGGUUGCCAUAUUACCAUCCACACCAGCGCCAGAACCGACAAGGACGCCCGUCUUUUGCUGAGUGCCAUGGGCAUUCCGUUCCAUGGCAAGCUGGUCGACUAA